AUGCUGGUUUAUGUUUCUGACGCACGGCUCCCUGGCGGCAGUUUCGCUUUAUCCCCGUUGUUAGGUCGCGCGUUCUACGGCCACGCCGUGUUCCGCAACUUUUUCAGCGAACCGCUUGAGUCUUCCGUAUCCGUCGCCUCCCGUGCCUUGCUCUUCGCCUCUCUCCCUCUAUUCCCUCUCUCAUCCUCCUUUCCUCUCACCCCCCCAACCGCACCCGUGGCCAAUCCCCGCAUCUCCUCCCUCCCUCCUCCCCUCCCCCUCUCCGCGUCUCUUGCGCUUCCCCAUUCCGCAGUGACCCAAUCAGAGCCAUUCAAUCUCGCCAUCUACGCGCACAUUCUCCCCUCCGCCCCCGCCACCGCACCAGAUGCAGCCCCCGCCCACGCGUCUCUGUCUGCUGGUUCACACGCUGCUGCUCAUACCAAUGCCCCACCAACCCCACUGGCAGCAGCAGCAGAGGCACCAGCGGCACCAGCAGCAGCAGCGGCAAGGGGUGCAGAUGGGAGGAGAGUGGGGGCUAGGGCGUUGGAAGAUGGUGGCACGGGUGGCGUGGGGAUGUGUGGGCCAAGUGCGGGGGGCGAGUUCAGGGUGAUAUAUCACACACAGGGGUCCACGGAGAAUCUCACCACGGCCAUCAAGCACAUCCAGGCAAGCACCUCCCUGCACCUCCCUACCUACACACCAUACCCUCCCGAGGCUUCACCCAUGCCUUGUCCAAUGUAUCCUGUCCAUUUCGCCUCUUCCUUCUCUCCUCCUCUGCCUGCACCCCCCCCACCCUUUUUUCCGGCUCUCCCAUCCUUUCGUCUAUUCGUUUCUUCUGCUUCUCUUCCUCUGCUGCUCGUCUUGCUCUCGCACUUUCCGCAUCCGCUACUAACAGACCACAUAGUGCUGCGGGGCUCCUACUGCGCGCUCUCCCUCGUCCUCUUCGGCACCCCCCUCUCCCCGCCCUCGCGCUCUCUGCGUCCCCGCGCCUUGCGCUCAUCACACGGAAAGCAGGCGGGGGGAACGGGCCAGGGGGGUCGAGGCUCGGCGCGUGUUAGAGUGGCGGGCGCGGAGAGGGGAGAGGGGGGAGGGGCGGUGGUGGGUGGGGGAGCGGGAGAGGGGGCCUGGGAUGAUGCGAUGGUGGUAGAUGCUGUGCAACCCAGUGGCGGAAAGGUUUUGAAGAAGAGAAAGUGGGGGAGAGAGAGGCGCGAAGAGGGGCGGGCAGGGGACGAGGAGCGUGGUGAGACAGACGGGGAAGGCGGGGAGGAGGCAACAGGAGGGGAUGAAGGAGGGGGAGGAGGGGAGAAGGCGCGGGUGGAAGGCAAAAAGGGGAAAGGGAGAGGGGGGCGCAAGGAAGAGGAAGAGAAGGAUGGAGGAGAGGAAGAGGAGGAAGAUGCUCUAGUGGUGGUGGGGAGGCGGGCGGCAGCAGUGGAGGAGGCAGUGGAGGGCAGGAAGCGAGCAGUGGCAGUGCUGCGGGCAUCAGUGCGGCUCUGGCACGGACUAUCCUCCGCUAUCAGCCAUGCUGCUGCCGAUGCCCUGCUCCCCCUGCUCUCCUCUGCUGCUGCUCAUCUCGCAGGGCUUAGCCUCCUGCCAGUGGAUUUAGGCGAGAGUGACGAGGGUUGGGGAACGGUUGGGAGAGACAGGAGACGUGGGGGGAGGGUGGGGAAGGAGGGUGGGGGAGGGGGGGUGCGGAAGGGAGGGUAUGGGGAUGGGGAGGAGGGGGGCGGCGGGGCGGAGGAGGAGAGGGAGGAGUGGGCGUUGGUGGUACAGGAGGUUGACAUGGCGCUUGCGUGGCUGCACCAUGUUGUCUGUGCCUCCACCAUCCUCCCAUCCGUGGAGGAGACACAGGCAGCGUUCACGCUCGUGCAUCUCGUUGCCUUCUCCCCCCGCCACUGCCUGCUCUUCUGCCGUCGCAACGGCUUGCAAGGGCUGCUCUCAGCCCUCCAACAACCACGCUCACCCUCACCUUCCUCCUCCUCAAGGCCUUCCCCCUCCUCCGCCCCUGCAUCUUCCUCCUUCCUGUCCUCCUCAGCAGCGUCGUCCCUCCCCUGCCUGGCUCUCUCCGCGCUGCUCUGCUGCUGCCGCCACCCAUUUGCAUGUGCGCUGCUGCUUCAGCCAGACCCGAGGGUUCCGGGGAAGGGCGCGAUAGUAAAAGGCAGCAGUGCAGGGCGGAAAGGGAAAGGUGUGACUGGGCCCAAGAAGGAAGGGGAUGAAGGAGGGGAAAAGCGGGACGGAGGAGCAGAGAAGAAGGGGGAGGGUGUGAUGGAGGUGGAAGGAGAGGGGGUGGAGGAGGAGGAGGAGGCGGUUGAGGAGGAGCAAGUGAGCACAGGGAAGGAAGGCAAGCAGGGUGGGGAGGGGAAAGCAGAGGCAGGGAAGAGUGCUGGGGGCAAGGAGAAGGGUGCAGGGAGCAGUGGGUACGAGCAGGUGUUGGCGUUUGUGGUGCAUUCCAGUCGCUGCCGCACACCGCUGCAAGUGGGAGUUCUUGCCACCCAACUGCUGCUCGUGCUGCACCGCCAUCACCUCUGCCUGCGCCUACAGGUGAUUCUCCUCACUGCUGCUGCUGCUGCUGCUGCUGCUGCUGCUGCUCUUGCUUUUGCUCUCUGUGCCUUUUUCUAG